AUGAAUUCCUACCCGCCAGAGCUUUUGGCGCAGUUGGCCCCAAUUAUGUUUGUCGCGGGUUUGGAUUCACCUGCAACAAAAUCUCAAGACGCAUUUCAAGUACUCACCCUUCGCCUUCGUGAUGCCCUUCUCGCACAGCGGAAGGUAGCAAUUUGGCAACCAGAGAAGACUAAAUCUUUCCAAGUUGUGUUGGUCGACAGGGACGUUCGAUUUCCACCUAGAAAACUCCUCCCAUUAGAUGAUCCCCAAUACGCUGCUGCACAUUCACCUCUCUCACCACUUACCCCCUCAUCACCCUUACACCCCGAUGGAUUGAUUGCGCCAAUAUGGAUUAGGAAACAUACAACCCUUCUGCCCUCAGUUUUUGUUCUUUUCCUCCGCAUUUUCGAGUUUUUACCUCAAGCAUCGAGAACAGACUUGCCAGAUGCAGAUCGCGAACGGGAGAGGGAACAAGAAGAACGAAAACGGGACACAGAACUGUCUGCGGAGGUGGCCUUACGGAAGAAGAGUAUGAAUGAACGAGGCAUCAAGCUUACAGUCGUUCUUAUGGCGAGCAGGAGGAUGUUAGAUGACCCUACAUUAGACGCUCGAUUGACAUUUAUCAGGAGGCAAAGUGGGCUUGAUUCAAGAGCUGCCUUGUUUGUUCUCAGCCCAGUUAGCGCGGCAGAGCUUAACGAUUUCGUCAGAAGCCUUCAACAAGCUUUAUAUGAGCCAGCGGUAGAGUAUUACACUGCCCACUCCAAGCGUGUUCGUAGGAAGCGGAACCGUCACUCGCAAGCUCACUCAUCCUACCCUGGUCCACCGGCAGUGAGCGGUCUGAAUAUACCUCGACCAUUGAGACCUGAAGGAUGGACUGUACGUUACGAGUAUAAAAUGGCUUGCUUUGCGGAAUUUAGAAGUGAAGAUGAAGUUGCUUUGAAGCAUUAUCAGGAUGCUUACGACAUGUUAAUCAUCAUGUUUGGAUCAACCGCUAUUCUUCCACCACGUACGAAGAGAUGGGCGGAAGCCAAGGUUCUAGCUGAUUGUAUCAAUAUCAAGAUCGUUAAGCUAUAUCUUUACAAUAAUGAACAUGCUUUGGCGUUAUCCCACCACAAUACACAUAUCCGGCAAUUUGGAGAUUUCUCUCGAGGUUGGGGCAUCGGUGAAGAAACAUUCGAGUUCUGGAGUUGGGUCGCGAGACAACAUCGAAUACUUGCGGAGCUCUUAGAUCAAGGUGUCCGAUCCGCAUUGGUUCUACCAGUCCACACACCUGCCUUGACUUCCCAGAAUCUACAUGUGCUUAACCAAAGUACUCGCCUCCCUGGAGAACUUGACUUUGCGCGAUCUGCUGGGAUAAACCCUAGUCAAGCGUUGCAGCAUCCAGGAUUUUAUUAUUACAUGGCAGCAAGAUGCACCGAAAUGCGAAGAGAGCGAUUUCAAGCAGCAAUAGAGGCCGAGCUCAGCUCACAACCUGCGACCCUGUCACCGGGAUUUGCGAACGAGAAGAAGGUUGAGCAUCUAGCCAUCAUUCUCGAGCUUUACACCAAGGCAUAUGAACUCUUCAAGAAGUACACCCCGGCAUCUUCGCAAGGCCAAGGGCGUUUGACGCUUUGGAUUGCGUACCGUAUAGCGCAGACAUAUCAUCAAUCUGGAAAGUUCGAUAUGGCUGUUCGAUUUUUCGAGCGCAUCGCCAGAACAUAUCGCAGAGAGAAAUGGUAUACAAUGCUUCGCCCACUACUAUCAACAUGGUAUACGUGUGCGCAACAAUUGGGCGAUGUUGAGCUCAGUAUCUGCCUGCUCAUUGAAAUGUUGGGUCAUGAUUCCGUCGAAUCUGAGGACCCUGGAUCACUCGAAGACGAUCUCUUAGCCGUUUUGAAGAGCACUGUACCGGCAAAGCCUGAGGAUGCCUUGGUAGUCGACUUAUCCGAGGCACAACCGAUCUUCGAUUCGUCGGUUAUUUUCUGGACUCCCGAGAUCAACGUCAGGGAGUCAUCAGCCUUCCAAAUUUCCCUCGCAGCUCCAACGUGUAGGACCAUCAAAUCGAUUCCCUUUUCCUCCCUCGCAGUCUUUAUUCAAGACAGAGUUUCUCCGCUGAUCAUACGCCAUUCUCCCUCUGAUGCCGAUCCGCCUCUGCUGGGAGUAGUAAACCUCGGGCACAUCUCACCGUCCGACGACGACGAUCUUGAAGGCUCCAGGACUGCUGAUCUACGCUGGACUCCUGGUAGCACUAUUGUCUUUCGCGGAACGAUGUCUUCAGACGUUCCCUCGGUACUAAAGGUAACCAAACUCACAUUAACGAUAGAAUUGAAUACAUGGAAGGUGGAAAUACCCGUACCUCCGUGUAGCUCUCGCGUUCAGGGAGGACAUGCGCCACGAUGGUUAAGCUCGCUUGACCCUCCAAAAUUCAUACCUAUCGAACGGGAGAAUUACGAUUUUACUGCGUACGUAAUAUUGUUCACUUCAUUGAGCUUUUUCGAGCAACAGUCCUCCAGCAUUAAACAUGUUCCGCAUCGAUUGGAUGUUUCUCUCGUGCAUCAUGCUCCUGCAUUUCUGGACGAAAGCUACCCCAUUGUGGUUCAAGUCACGAAUACUGACACCCGGUCCUUUGAUAUUGUUGUUGAUAUUCUUCUUCAGCCCACGGAAAUCGACGAUGCUGUUAAUUACAUUGUGGUGGAUGAUCAUCAGUCAUCCGGCCUCAUCAAGGGCAUCCAGCUUGGCGUGCUUGGUCCGGGAGCUAGUGGCAAGAAGACCAUUCACCUCUUCAACUCCGGUGCUGGUGGCGAGAGGAUGAUCGAUGUGUCAAUACAAUCUCGGCCAAAUGACUUGGAGGAUGAAACAAGUGAGGAGGAUGACGACGAAAAUGACCUUCUGUCGGACGACAAGAUGGAAACUUUGCGGACCCUCGUAAUACCAACGGUGAACCCGUUCAAAGUCACAAGUGACGUCAGUUAUAGGCAUAAACAGGAACCAUGGCCCGGGUUAGCCGAUCUCCAGACCUUCGAUGCCAAAUUCUGGGAUGAUAGACGAGGGGGUGAGGCAAUCGCAAGCAUAAAAAUUGAGUGUAGUGGUCCGUGGAAUUUGCUGCUUGAUGGCGUGACUCUGGAAAGGCAGGACAAUGAUCAAGCAAAGAUCAUUGAAUGUUCAACAGAUCAGGACGAUGCUGGCAUGUUCCCUGCUGAAUAUCUCCCGGGUGACGAAUUCUGUGCAAUUUCUAGAAUAAGCCUUGCAACAGAUGAAGAAAUUUCAGAAGAUUUAAUACUGGGUCCCGGUCGUUUCGUCGUGAAAUGGCGCAGGUUAGCAUCUGUUUCUUUCAAGAGAUACUUCAUGCCAACAACCAUGAAAAUCAGAAACAGUCAAGAUGCUGAACUUGACGACCGCCUUUCUACUACUUUUAUUUCCCUUCCAUCGCUACGACACCCAUCUGAUGGGUUAGUCGCCCUUCUUGAUGUCCCACCCGUGGCGACACUCCAUGAUCCUAUCACACUAUUCCUUACCAUCCGCAAUUACCAUCCAUCUCGCUCUGCGAACAUCACUGUUCAACUCGAAACAGAUGCGCUCGAUGGCUUCAUUGUAGCCGGACUUAGAAGUGGGCGUAUCCCUGUGCUACUCCCCGGCGCGGAAGAAAGGUUGCUGUGGAGACUUAUACCCGUUGAAUGCGGACAUGUGCGCAUACCUCGAUUAAAAAUCUUUAAUAGACGAACAGCCAUCGUCGCCGCGCAAGGAUCCGACCAAUCAGGAAAUGCAGAUGUUCCUUCUGGGGAAGUCGUUAGGGUUGUCAAUGUGGGGCAUGAUCGGGGUAGCGUCGAUGCCGGUCCCACUGGUGGCGAGGACCAUACGAUUCUUGUUCUACCCUAG